GGCCAGGCGGCUGCAGCAGCGACUGCAGAGGCGCUGCGCCAAGCAGGGCCGGAGUCGUGCGAGCCGGCGGGACUGCGGAGGGCCAGGGGACUCAGACAGGAAGUCCUGAACCACGUGCCAACUGGGAAGGUGACGGUCUGCGAUACCAGCCCAGCCUAAUUUGGGGUUCCUGGUUCUACUCCAGGGGUCCUUCAUCCUCUGCUCCCCCGCCAAGGAGGGAGGACAGAAGAACAAGGGUGGGGUCUGAGUGUGAGGGACUGGGGAAGAAGCAGGCCUGGUUCAUGGCAUAGAAGACUCAGUGCUUCAGCGGUGGGCAAGAGGCUCCAGCGUCCAAAGCCCUAAGUCUUGGGCAAAGCCUCUGCCCUCCCCAGGGCACAGUCCCUCGUCUGAGAAUCCACGGGUGGCUGGACUGAUGAUUCACAGCUGCCCCUAAGACUUGCACAAUUGUGAUUUUUUUUUUUUUUUCUGGUGGGAGCCUGAUUAAGCCAAUUAGCGGAGGCAGCUAACUGUGGGCUGAGUGUGCCCUGUCCCAGGGUGGCCUGCCAAAGGGUGAGAGAAGCCAUGCCGGGCAGCGGCCCCAACGAGAGGAUGACAUGGCCCGGCCCAGCCCUGCCCACGGCCCCCACAACCCGCCCUCUCUCCUCAGCCCCCGGGACACCGCCCAUCCAGCCCCUCACACGGACCCGCAGCCUCAUGGCCAUGUCGCUGCCAGGGAGCAGACGGGCCUCUGCUGGAUCCCGCAGGCGUACCUCGCCCCCCGUGAGCAUGCGGGAUGCCUACGGCACCUCUUCCCUCAGCAGCAGCAGCAACUCAGGCUCCUGCAAGGGCAGCGACAACAGCCCCACACCCAGGCGUUCCAUGAAGUACACGCUGUGCAGUGACAACCACGGCAUCAAGCCCCCAACCCCAGAGCAGUACCUGACUCCACUGCAGCAGAAGGAGGUUUGCAUCCGGCACCUGAAGGCGCGGCUGAAGGACACACAGGACCGGCUCCAGGACCGGGACUCCGAGAUUGAUGACCUGAAGAUGCAGCUGUCCCGCAUGCAGGAGGACUGGAUUGAGGAGGAGUGCCACCGCGUGGAGGCCCAGCUGGCCCUGAAGGAGGCCCGCAAAGAGAUCAAGCAGCUCAAGCAAGUCAUUGACACCGUCAAGAACAACCUGAUCGAUAAGGACAAGGGGCUGCAGCAGUAUUUCGUGGAUAUCAACAUCCAGAACAAGAAGCUGGAGACGCUGCUACACAGCCUGGAGGUGGCCCAGAGUGGUACAGCCAAGGAAGAUGGCACAGGGGAGUCAGCCGGUGGCUCCCCUGCCCGUUCCCUCACCCGCAGCUCCACCUACACCAAGCUGAGUGACCCAGCCGUCUGCGGUGACCGCCAGCCCGGGGAUGCCCCCAACACCUCCAACGAGGAUGGCGCUGACAGCGGCUAUGUGGCAGCUGACGAUUCACUGAGCCGGACGGACGCCCUGGAGGCCAGCAGCCUGCUGUCAUCGGGGGUGGACUGUGGCCCUGAGGAGGCCUCGCUGCACGGCACCUUUAGCCUGGGCCCCCGUUUCCCCGCCAGCAACACCUAUGAGAAGCUGCUGUGUGGCAUGGAGGCCGGUGUGCAGGCCAGCUGCAUGCAGGAACGUGCCAUCCAGACAGACUUCGGGCAGUACCAGCCUGACCUGGACACCAUCCUGGAGAAGGUGACCCAGGCCCAGGUCUGUGGGACAGUCCCAGAGCCUGACCCCCGACCCCAGAGGCCCAGAGACCCUAACUUAGCAGUGGUGGUGACUGUGGGUGAUGAGCUCGAGGCCACAGAACCAGUCACCUGCGGGCCCACCCCACACCGGCCUAGUGCCCACCCCAACCCUGGCCCAUCGGUGAGUGUGGUGUGUCCCGUGGAAGAGGAGGAGGAGACAGCGGCCUCUGCCGAGAAGGAGCCCAAAAGCUAUUGGAGCCGCCACUACCUUGUCGAUCUGCUGGCUGUGGUGGUGCCAGCUGUGCCCACGGUGGCUUGGCUCUGUCGCUCCCAGCGGCGCCAGGGCCAGCCCAUUUACAACAUCAGCUCCCUGCUGCGGGGCUGCUGCACCGUGGCCUUGCACUCCAUCCGCAGGAUCAGCUGCCGCUCGCUAGGCCAGGCCGGCCCCAGCCCUGCAGGCGGCGGCUCCCAGCUCUGAGGGGUUCCUGCAACCUGACCACUGAUUGUAUUGUAGGGAUGCCCUCCCCUGCCUCCUAUACCCCCUGGGACAGCAUCUUAUUUAUUAAGUUUUGCUUUCGUUUUGUUUUGGUUUUUUUCCCCCACCAGGAUGUUAGUGUCCAUGACUGGGAAUAAGGGUUAGGAAAGGUACCCCAGAACAUCAACAAACAGCAAGCAGGGAGGCACCAUGACUGGACCAAGUGCAGAGAAACACACUGGUGAGGGCCCCAGCCUGGCCCUUCUGUCUCCUUGGUCCUGUAGACAGGAAGUCUCUGGAUGUCUGUCCCUGGGGAGGCUGUGCUGCCUGUACCACCUUGGCCCACAUGCUGCUUGCUCCAUGCUUCUCCCAAGCCUGCCCUGCCCUCGUCCUCUGCCUAGGCAUCUGGGCCAGUAGUAAUUGCUGAGAUGAGGCAGGUGUCUGACCCAAGGACUCGGCACAGAGUCUAGAGCCCGUGGGCCUGGACUGGAGAUCAAGCCUCCAUCAGCUGUGCCCACUAUGGGAUUCAGAACCUAAGGAAAGAGCCUCUGGGGGCAGAGGGCAGCGUGGGUUCUGUGUCUGUCUGUCUGAUCCCAGGCCUUCCUGUCACCCUGUUCUCUUGGUGCAUCAAACUGUCUCAUAGCAUCCUUCCCAGGAGAUAGAUUUCCCCAAGAGUCUCUGUGCCCAGGCCUAGCUUCCGUCUGGAGAAUUCAUCAGUCCUCCAAGAGGAAGAGGCGGUGUCAGGGGGCUUCUCCGCCUUCUGAAACAAGGCCCUUCAUCUGCCAUCUGAAUGGGGCUGCACUCAGGAAUUCUCAGCUCGAAGGAAAAACCUGAGGCCAUGUCUGCCCCUGGAGCCCAGCCUGACUUUCUCCAGGGGCCCAGGGCCCAACACCUGCUUUGCACUAUGCUCGCCAAUUAACAUGGGUCUCACCCAUCCAGGACCUCCCAGGAGGUAGCUGGCUGCUUGCUUUCAGGGUGAGGCGUCCUAUACCAGAGACCCCCUCCUGCCUCUGGCGGAGGGUGGGAGUUCUAAGAGGAGAAUCACAAGACAGAGAGCACCAAGGCCACAAUGUCCAUUCAGGCCGAAGCAGGGCACCUCGGGGAUGCAUUUCCCCGGGCAGGGAACUGCAGCAGCGUCCUGCUCACUCCCCAGUCCCAGCAGCCUCCUCCUCCUCCAGUGGGACAUUCAAGUCCCCCUGGCAAAGCUGUUUAAGUUUGAUGACUCUGAUUUUUCACAAAACACACAGACCCCUCUUCCCUACGGGGGUCACAGCCAUCUGCACCUCCCACCUGUCUUCAGAGGUUAGGCCCACGUCUGCGGGGUUGCUGGGACCCCAUGUUCUUACCUGCCCCUCUGGCCUAGGGGCUGCUUUGGUUCUCUGCCAAGGUCACUUGCCCUCUCCUUGCUGCCCAGCAGCCAUUGCUUGACCGGUGUCCUCCCUCUCCCCUCCAGGGGGUACCUGCAUACAUUGGGAGUGAAGAGCCGCUCCAGACUUCAGGGCAGAGAACCCCUCUGCCACACCUCUGUCAGAGCUCAGAACAGCCCCUUUUGAGGAGCACCUACCCCCUUGCCCCAGCCACAACCAAACCCAAAUGCCUAGGGCCUGGCUGGGCUGCCCCACAGGACCCUGGGAUUGUGCCAUGGAGGGGUAGGGGGUCAAAGCUAAUCCAAAGCCAAGCUGGGCCUAGCCACGGCCCCAAUGCCCAGGCCGUGUACUCACAGAGCCACAUAGCAUCUCCUUAGAAAUAGUUCAAGCUUUGCUGGGAAAACCAAUGUAUAAACUAUAUUUGACAACAUAAAGUCUAUAUAUUUUUCA